CCUACAAAUCAAGACAUCCAUUCGUUGGAUGAGACAGCAGGAGUUGACGACGCCUCUUAGCUCACAGGAUUAAUAUGGAGCCCCCUGAAAAGUUUCUCACUUGCUUCGAGUUGUACCACUAGCUAAUAUCUCGGUGCCUGCUUAAUGUUAUUCCUUACUGUCCAAGACUGGUGAACGGUAGUUGGAAGUUAAUAGACGUUUUUGCUCUUAAAAGAAGACAUGUUGGGGAUAGCUAGCUACAGCUAGCUUUAGCGGCUAAUCAGCUAAAGGGGAAUGUGUGGCAACUAACUAGUGCAAUGGAACGCCCGAUUUGGAAUUCGUCGUGAUUUCCUACUGCGAGAAACACUUGUAAUGAGUCAACUAGGACGAAGAUUAAUGCUAAUAUUGAUGUCUAAAACCAACCACUACAAACAGGGAACAGGUCUAAUUUUCCGUUUACGAUACGUUUGGCUAUUAAAGAAGUUGGGAUUGCUGCAAGCGACCUUGAGAGAAACUAAUCGGAGGGCAAGUUUUGUCAUGCAGCAAUUCUUGACGAGGGCGGUUUAUGGUUGUUUUGAAGGAGCAAUUAGGUAUCAUUUAUGUUGGUCCUUCUUUAUGAGGAGGAGAGGGAAAAGAGCAGUCACUGACCCUGUUUAACGGAAGAGGGGUUUAAAAGUAAAAAGGAAACUAUAGAAGACCCCUGUGGAUCUCUUUGCUUUCCAUAGGCUACUGUGGUUAAACCAGUUGUAGGACAGACUCACUGUUUUUAACAGUGUGUCUAUACACCGGGAGGGUCCUCAUGUCUCCACCAACUAUGCAGUGAGGGUGAGCUGGCAGUGUGCCCCCUCUCACCAUGCUGGCUCUGGGCAUAGAGCAGGGGAAAGGUGGAGGGGGACGGGGCCGGGCUACUGUGGCUUGGCAGGCCCCAUCCUCAGUGAAGUCUCUAACCCAGGACCCAGGGAGGCCUACUGUGGCCUGGCAGGCCCCCUCCUCAGGGAAGCCUCUAACCCAGGACCUAGGGAGGCCAGGCCUCAACAUCAGGCAGAAGAUUUCCCAGUGGGAAGGCCUCUGUCAACCAAACAGUGAUGGGCAAGCCGAUAGGGUCAAAGCGCAUGCACCAGUUGUAUCCCGAUCUCUUUCAGGGGAUGUCCUGGGUAACGGAGUAUGUAGCGACAGUUUGAGAGGUGGACCUCACGGCAAAGCCAACCUCUCUAAAGCCAGAAGCCUGGGUUUGGAUUUCAGGGAAAACUUACAAGCACGGGGCAGACACGAGGGCAUUGGCAGAAAGUCGGAUGCCCCUCAGAAUCACUCCUGUUUCAGUAAGACUUCAACCACAAUACCAGUGUCCAAGCCAUUCACAGCGCCUUCGCAAACUCUUACAACAGACACUACAAACAUCUUCCAAGUAGAAAGGAUCAUCCCCACCAAUGGUGAACUGAAGGUGGGUAAUGUGUUGGAAGUUAAGUGGACCAAACCCCUAUGUCUGUCAGUGGAUGACCAUGGAGAGAGCCUGCCACCAGGGAAUUUCUACACCUCAAGGGGCUUCUGGCGGAGGCUGGAAGGAGAUGUGUUGUUCUGGGAGAAGGGAAGAAAUACCUCAGCAGAGCCUCAGAGUGUUGUGGGUCCAGCGACUCGCCCUCCACCAAAACCACAACGGACAUUUCAGUAUCGGGGAGCGGACAGCACCCCAGCAAACUGGGUCCAAUGGGACAGCAGGAUUCCAUCUGCCAACCAAUCCAACACCAAGUGCAGUGGCAUAGCCCAAACACCUAGCUUCCCAGCACCCCUGUGUCCUGUCAGCCGUGGCAAUGGGUUUUCCAGACACAGAAAGAACAGGAAGUCCUUUGAGUUUGAGGAUGUGGUGCAGUUGACAGCGCAGCAGGGUACACUGGGAAGUGGGGCCAGGCGCUCCGGUCUGUUCCACGCCUUCUCUGACGACAACAUUUAUGAGGACAUUAUCUCUGGACCCUUGACCAGAGACAACCCAUAUGAGGAUGUCAAGCUGUCUCCUACUAUGUGUCUCCCCAUCAGGCGUCCCCGACCCUGGAACAUGGCACAGAGAGAGAGCCCUUGCACCCCAAAGCUCCCUCCCAAGCCUCUCAAGUUGCGGGUGGAGAGGAAGGAAACACUGACAGCGACACCACCCACCCCUACCUCCCCUACUGAAGCCCCCCACAGAACUGCCUUUCCCAAGCGACCCACAACCACCCACAAAACAUACAGACUGCCUCAGCAGUAUGUCAAUAAGAUUCAUGUGAUCUUUGACGCCAAGCGAGGGAGAAAGAGAGUGAAGAGCCAGGCACAGGGCGGUUCAGCUCGAGAGGAGACCAGUGGAACUGAGAGUGACCCAGAGGACAACACUAAUGGAGGGUCGAGACGCUCAGUCUAUGUCCAGUCCACGCUGAAGCGAAGGCCAGGCUACCGCACCCUGGAGAGGGACCUGAUCCAACUCCAGCAACAGCAACUAUUCCAGCUCUUUGUGGUUGUGUCACUCAGAAAGAGUUCCCCGGGAAACACCUACGCCCCUGAGAUCACGCAACAGUUUCCCAACAAGUUUGCGAAGUCUUCUCGUCACUCCCGUGAAGCUGAAGACCGGCUGAAGGCCAUCCCCAAGUUUUGCUUUCCAGACUCUCAGGACUGGCGGCCAUCUGGAGACCUGCCCAGUGAAACUUUCUCUUUUGUCUUGACGGGAGAGGAUGGCAGCCGUUGGUUUUGUUACUGUCGUAAGAUCCUGCCCUGUGGAAAGGGGAAGAGACUGCCUGAAGUUCACUGUAUUGUAAGCAGACUGGGCUGCUUCAACCUGUUUGCUAAGAUCUUGGAGGAGGUAGAGAGGCGCAGGGAGAUCUGUCCUGCCCUGGUGUCCCCCUUCAUGUGUAGCGUCAUGGAGGCUCCUUUCCCCGCCCCUGGACGCACCAUCACAGUCAAGAGCUUCCUCCCAGGCUCAGGAAAUGAGGUGCUGACUCUGUGCCGCCCGGUGGACUCGAGGCUGGAGCAUGUGGACUUUGAGAGCCUGCUGCAGUGCCUGAGCGUUGGGAGACUCCUGCAGGUGUUUGCCUCUCUGCUACUGGAGAGGAGGGUCAUCUUUAUUGCUAACAAACUCAGUGUGCUGUCUCGUUGUGGCCAUGCUGCGCUGGCGCUGCUUUACCCGUUCACAUGGCAGCAUACCUUUGUACCUGUGCUACCCGCCAGCAUGUUGGACAUCAGCUGCUCUCCCACUCCCUUUCUCAUGGGGGCGCUGGCUCCCUGCUUGCCCGAGCUGCUGGAGCUUCCCAUAGAGGAGGUGCUUAUUGUAGAUUUAUGCGCAGACAAGUUUGUCAAACAGCUUGGCGAUGAGGACUGUAUCUUGCCCAGUAAGCUUCAGGCUGCACUGCAGCAGAUCCUGGAGGAGAGAGGGCAGAUACUGCGGCAAGACGGAGACCGCACAGGCCAGCAGUGUGAGCUGAGCUCCCUGGUGUCAGAGGCCUUUGUGCAUUUCUUCGUGGAGCUAGUGGGCCAUUAUUCCCUCCACAUGGGCGCCAGCGGGGCCAGGGAGCUGCAGAGGGAGAGCUUCUGUAAGUCCCACCCCUCCCGUGGGGCCCGCCAGUUCCUGCAGCUCUUCAUGGACACGCAGAUGUUCUCCGGCUUCAUCCACGACAAAGAGUUGCGCAAGGGAGGGGGCAAAGGGCUUUUUGAAGUUAGAGCUGCAGAAUAUUUGGCUUCAAACCCGGAGUCUGAAUCUAGCGGGUUCCUCAAGGGACUCAAGGGAAUUGGGAUGAAAUUCCUACAGAAGAAGUGACAGACUGUCAGCAGUCUGGUUGAAAAUGCUUCUGUAAGGGAGGAUGAGAGCCAUCUGCCGGAUUGGCCGAGACACAUGUGCUAUGAUGUUACAGCUAUAUAGAUAUGUACAUGACUCGACCAGGACAUAACGGUGUUGGGCACAGAGGUCCACAGUCCUAGAUAGAGGGCUCUCUGCUUGAGACAUGACCAGUCUCUUCGUAUUGCCCUGAAUGCAUUCCAAGCUGGAGUGAAGUGCAAUUGUAAUUGGAGGAAAACUGGAAAUGUGCAUUUAUGGCAAAACAAACUUCGAUGAAGACUUUUGAGAUGUCAGAGGAAAGGCAGGAGCAAACACCAUGUACUUGUGAAAUCUGCACAAAACAUUUCAGCUACAGGACUCGGUAUUAACUUAACAGAUGUUGUGCCAUGAUAAACUAACCCAUGCGUUUUUGUGUUUUUGCUAGUCAUUUUUUAUGUUUGUUUUAGCCAAGUCUUUUAAGUGUUUGGUCUCCAUAUUAUGGAUAUAAUGUUAAUUUUAAGUUUAGUUUGGAACUCGUGUCUAGUUGGAAAUGAAUAAAUAAGGCUACUCUUGAUACCCUUCCCCACUCUGCUACAGAACAAUGUAAGAAUAAUUAUUUUUAUUAUGUGCAUGAUUGUUACUUUAAAUAUGACAUGACAUAUUUUAGAGUUUUUUUUUAAUUGAGGCUAAUGUAUGUUGUCCCUGACAUUUUGAUGGCCUUGACAAAUCUUCCAAGUAAUGUUUGGAUCAUUAGGAUAAUACAUUACAAUUCAUAUUUCUCACAUAUUUUGAAUUUUGUAUAGCUUAUUCUGUAACUAAAUAUUUUGUUUACAAUAUUUUAGCUACUUUUUAUGCAUAUUUUUGCUUUGUGAACUUCAAUUGAGAUUGUAUGAGCCUGUUUGGAUACCCUUUCCUCAGUCAUUUGAUAGGACGGGUGAAAGCACAUAUUGAACUAGACCACCUUGACUAAGGAUGUGAUUUUAAAUGAUCAGAACUGGGUCUUAAUCUCAUGUAUCCAACAUUCCAAUGCACAAAGUUUGCUAAAAACAUUUUUGAUGUUCUCAUGUGGGUUUUAAAAAGUCACAACUAGAGACCAGAAACUAACUAGUCACACCUCCUUCCUAUUGACUGGAGUUGCAUACUUAGUAUCUUCAGAAAGUAUUUACACCCCUUGACAUUUUUCACAUUUUGUGUUACAGCCUGAAUUUAAUCUUUUUACUUUUUUUGUCACUGGUCUGUCUACACACAAUACCCCAUUAUGUGGAAUUAUGUUUUUAGAAUUUUUUACAACUUGAUGAAAAGCUGAAAAUGUCAAGUAUUCAACCCCUUUGUUAUUAAGUUCAAAUAAAAGUGUAUUUGUCACAUGUGCUGAAUACAACAGGAGUAAACCUUACCGUGAAAUUCUUACUUAGAAGCCCUUAACCAACAAUGCAGAUUUUUAAGUAACAAAAUAUUUGUUACUUUAAAUAUGGCAUAUUUUAUAUAUUUUAU